CCUAAUCACAUUACUAAAAACAUAUUCAAACCAAACACUAAGAACUCUUUUCUUGGAGCUACUAGAUCUAAUGUCGUCAGGAGAAUUCUCCAUUAAAGCUAGAGGGUUAGGUAAUAACAACAACGGAGGUGGAGGAACAGGGACAAAGUGUGGAAGAUGGAAUCCAACGGUGGAGCAAGUUAAGCUUCUGACGGAUCUGUUCAAGGCGGGGCUACGAACACCGAGCACCGAUCAGAUUCAGAAGAUCUCUAUGGAACUGAGUUUCUACGGUAAGAUCGAAAGCAAGAACGUGUUCUAUUGGUUCCAAAACCAUAAAGCUAGGGAAAGACAAAAGCGCCGUAAAAUCUCCACCGUCGACUUUGAUCAUCGUCAAGACACAAACCUCUCUAUUCCUCAUCGAGACAACAUACGUCAUCAUCAACAACCACCUAAAGAUACUUUUGAAGCGUGUGAAAAAGAGGAGAAGGUGAUAGAGACGUUGCAACUCUUCCCGUUAUCGAACGUGGAAAGAGCGAGAGAAAAUACUACUGCUGCGAGACACAACGAAUACAUACGAGAGCAGGUCAAUACGACGGUGUUUUCCACAUACUCAUCGUGUGGAGCUGAGAUGGAACAUCCGCCGUUGGAUCUUCGUUUGAGCUUUUUAUGAAUGGGUUUUAUAUCAACGGUUCUUGAGGAUGCGAAGAAAUGAAGACAUGACACCCAAUAUGCGGAGUUAUAAUGUUAAGAACCCGAUCAGGCGAUGUGGUAGAAUUAGCAUCACUGUCAUAAUGAAUAAAAUAUCAAAAUUAUAGGGAAGUUAAUGGAGGUUGGUGUGUAGGACUUUAAGAGCAUGUAGUUAGAUUACGUACGAGCCCUAACUACCAUGCGAUUGG